AUGAAUGUAGUGGGUAAAGUUGGAAGCUUAAUAACACAAGGGGUGUACUCUGUUGCAACCCCAUUUCAUCCAUUUGGUGGUGCAGUCGAUAUAAUUGUUGUGCAGCAGCAAGAUGGGAGCUACAGGAGCACGCCUUGGUAUGUUAGAUUUGGUAAAUUUCAAGGUGUGCUAAAGGGCGCUGAAAAAGUUGUGCGGAUAGAAGUUAAUGGAACCGAAGCAAAUUUCCACAUGUAUAUUGAUAACUCAGGAGAAGCUUAUUUUGUUAGGGAGGUUGUUCCGGAGAAAAAUGGUGACUUGAAAGGUGUUUUACAGAAUUCCGAUAGUAAUAAUGGUAAGGAAGAGGGUAGGGAUCAUAACAUGGAUACGGACACCAAUGGGAAGGAUGAUACUCUCAGUAGGCUUGAGAGUUAUGAUUCAAGCACUGGUGAGUUUCAGUUACGAGAUGAGCAUGUUGCUCUUGGUGUUGACAGAUUGGAGAGGACUGAAUCUGAUGGUGAAAGGCGAUUCUAUGAUUUUCCAGAUGUUCAUUCUUCCUUUGGAAGUUCUGACUUAUCAGAAUAUAGUUCUGACCGCUAUGAUAAUUUGGACAUGGACCAUGUGAUAGAAUCAGAGAAUUUAAGUUCAGAAGUUGUUUUAGUGAGUGUGGAUGGUCACAUUCUUACCGCCCCCAUUUCAUCAUCGGAGAAGAACGCUGAGGAUGUAGAAGACACACCUCAGUUUCAUCUCGGCCCAGGUGAAGGAACUGAAGAAUUCAUUAAUGGUGAAAAUUCAUGGGCUACUGAUGAUUAUUUUGGUAAGAUUGACACAUCUGUGGAUACAGUUAAUGUACUGGAUACUGGCAAAAUGACUGAUAGUAAUGCUGAACCCCAGUUGGAACAUCAACAAGAUGGAGGCUGUCAAAGUGAAGUGGACAGGAUUCCAGAUUCAGAGAAACAAUUAACCGAAGAGCAUCGAAGUUGUGACUUGGAAAACACAUCUCCUAGAACAAAUAGGGAAGAUGCUAGCUUGGAUGACGGAUCUCCACCAAGAAUGAACAAGGAAGAUGUUUUUAAAAGCUGUUUGGAGCUGCCAGCUUUAACUAUGCAGGUUGGAAAUGUGAGCAGUCAUGAUGCAGAUUCUCCGAAAAGGAUCCCUGAUGUUGCUGAACAAUCACAAGAGAGGUCUCCUUGUGGAUCAUUAUCGGCUGAUGGAACUCAAGAUCGGCAAUUUACAGUAACAGAAAUCAGUGACAAACUGUCUUCGUGUAGUUCCAGUAUCCCUAGUGUUGUUGGCUCGCCAGAAUCGGCAGUUCAAGCUGAAACUCUUGAUAAGAAUUCAUUAGCUGUUGGUCCUAGUGGCUCCGAUAGCAUGAUUGAUGAUUUCAACUAUACUAAUGGAAAACCAGAGAAUGAAGUUGAAGCAGCCCCUCAAGAAUCUGCUUCUGAAGCCGAAGCCUUAGCUAAUGAUGACGUAGAACGUCCAACAACCACUUUCUGCGAAGGAAAUGAAAGUGACACAAGAAGAGGGUUAGAGAUAUCUCUUUGCAGAAAUUCGCUUCAUCCUGGCAUGGGUUCUGCUGCAGCGGAAGAAACGUUUGGUAGACAUCGCAUAUCUGAAGAGGAGUUCAAAUCUUCUGCAGCAUCAAUUGUUAAGAAUGAGAAUUUAGUUAUCAGAAUUCAAGGGAAGUACUUGCCUUGGGAUAAAGCUGCUCCCAUCAUUCUUGGUAUGGUUGCAUAUGGUUUGGAGCUAUCUGUUAGUUCAAAUGAUGCUAUCCCUGUGGAACAGGAGGCCACAAUUAAAACUGGGGAAGAUGAGACUGGAAUUAAUUCGACUCCGUCCGGGCGUGGAUGGAGGCUAUGGCCAAUUCCAUUUAGAAGGGGCAAGUCAAUUGAUCAUACUAGUAGUAAUGCAUCAAAUGAGGAAGUAUUCAUUGAUUCUGAAUCUGGCGCCCAGAAUAGGCCUGCUGAACCGACAUCAUCUCCCGGUGGGGCUAGGGAAUCUCCUCGUAAGCAACUCAUGAGAACAAAUGUUCCCACCAGUGAACAAAUUGCAUCUUUGAACCUGAAAGAGGGGCAGAAUAUGGUGACAUUCAUCUCGUUUUCAAGGGUUCUAGGAGCCCAGAAGGUUGAAGCCCAUAUAUACUUGUGGAAGUGGAAUGCACGAAUUGUAAUUUCGGAUGUUGAUGGAACAAUAACCAAGUCUGACGUUCUUGGCCAAUUCAUGCCUCUGGUUGGUAAGGACUGGACGCAUUCUGGAAUAGCUCGUCUUUUUUCAGCAAUUAAGGGAAACGGGUACCAGCUCCUCUUUCUGAGUGCACGGGCCAUUGUUCAAGCAUAUCUAACGAAGACAUUCCUAUUUAAUUUAAAGCAGGAUGGGAAGACCUUACCAAAUGGACCAGUUGUCAUCUCCCCUGAUGGUUUAUUUCCUUCGCUAUACCGAGAAGUGAUAAGAAGAGCUCCCCAUGAAUUUAAGAUUGCUUGUUUGGAGGAUAUUAAAUCCCUUUUCCCUCCUGAGCACAACCCAUUCUAUGCUGGUUUCGGGAACAGAGAUACUGAUGAGCUCAGUUACAGAAAAAUUGGCAUUCCGAAGGGCAAAAUAUUCAUCAUUAAUCCAAAGGGCGAGGUAGCCAUCAAUAAUCGUAUUGAUGUAAAGUCGUAUACUUCAUUGCAUACGUUGGUACAUGACAUGUUCCCUCCUACUUCAAUGGCUGAGCAGGAAGACUACAAUUCAUGGAAUUACUGGAGGAUGCCAUUACCAGAUAUUGACGGCUAA